UGAUGAAAUAGAAAGCUGCAGAGCUGUCUGACUUCCUGCAAGCUCUACGUGAGACACACGCCUCGUGUUUGCCACAGCGAUAGAAAAGAUAUUCUUUUAAAGUAGUUGCUCAAAUAUUGCCAAUUUUGUUUAUAUUUGUAAACAGACGAUACAACGGCGUACAAAUCAGUGAUUGGGUGAAGUGGCUGCUGGAAUUGCAGUUUUUACAAAGGGAAAAAAAUGCAGGAAGAACGGGAACAAGAAACUGAAGAGAGGACGGCGUCCCGGCCCACUGUGGCUGAACUUGCCGGAAGGUUCAAAGGUGCAUCUCCACCCCCUGCCAGCGAGACAGAAAAGCCAGCCAGACGUCGACCUCCUCGCUCCUUACAACUGCCCAAAACCCACGUAGACGAGCAUGAGAGGCCGACAGGUGUGACUUCCCCUGUCAAAGCCAAGAGGAACUCUGCCCUGAUUGAGAAGCUUCAGACCAACCUGGUUCUGUCCCCCGCUGCCCUGCUGCCCUCACCCAAAAGCCCCGGUUUCAGGCUCCUGCCACACUUUAGCCCGCCGUCCUCGCCCAGCCCCACCACGGGGAGCCCCUCCUCCACGCUGACAUCUCCCAGUCCCGUUUCCACAUCUCUGGUGACCGAGGAGGAGGGGCCGGUGUCGUUUGAAGCCCCUCCCACUGCGGCGGAAGGAUCCCUCUUGAUAAACGUGAACAAGAGCCGAGCUCGCCACUCCCUCAGGCGACGCCCUCCGUCCCGCCGCCACAGGAAAUCCAGUAGUGGAGAGGAAGUGGGUGUGGCCACCGAGGAGACGGACACCCCCGCGAGUGAAUUAGACCAUAAAACAACACAAGGAGAAGGAGAAGAUGUCUUCAGUAAUACGAAUGGAGAUCAUAUGAAAGAGGACAAAUCAGACCAAACCCCAGAAGAAGGCCAGACCAAUGGGGACAUCCAUCUCCGAGGAGAAGAAGAAGAUGAGAAGGAGGGUCAAGAUGGAGUCAGUGUUGAGGAAGAUAACCAGGAGAAAACCUCAGGAGAAAAUCCAAACAACAACCAAGAAGAAGAAAAAAGUCUUGGUUCCACGUAUCAGAGUUGAUGAGAAGUUGAACAAGGUCGUGGUUUCUGAGCCACUCCAAGGGUUUCUUAGUUCGGAAGCACUGUGGGACCAAAGACUUCCAAAAGAGAGCGGAAACAAACUCUUUUCCACAGAGAUCCCACAACAUUGGCACAUCAGCGCUGUCACAGAAUACCUGGCAUCAAUCCGCCUUUGUUUUUGAAAGACAGCAUGAGACAAUGAGACUGAGACUCUUACAUAAAAAACAAUUUUUUCCCCUCUGUGUUUCAUUUUUAGGUGUCAAGUUUUGCACACUCUGAUCCUUGUCGCUACUUCUGCAAGAGUUUUCAUGACAUAAAACUACCAGUUUACAACACAUUGACUUUGUGUUAGCUCAUGUUGCUCACACACAGAUAACAGCACUAGUAGUACUGUUUAUCAAGGUCACUGAAGGGUCUGCGACUCGAACUAGUCAUCUCCUGAUUACCCAACAGCCGCUUUCACACCAAUACAAUGCGCUGUUAAGAAAUAUUGCGGGAAUCAGACUCACAAAGGCAGAGAAAUACAGGAUAAUUAAAAGUGUAGUAGUAGUGUGAACAGUUCCGCAGUCAAACAAUUCAGAAUUUGACCAAAGAAUCACGUCUGAAAUGCCCUCGAUUCCAAAUGCCAUGACCGAAAGGUGUUAUUUAACUACUUAAAUCAUGGUCAUUCAGCAGCGCUGAUGUCUCACAUCCUUGAUCAUGUUCAGAUGACAAGAGGAUUUCCCUAAUGUUGGCCUCCUUCCACACUGUUCAGCCACCCUUAAUUCUCACGAAAGUUAAUUUAGGAAAUGACCAGAAGGUAAAACUUGCCCUUUCGCUGUGGGUUUAAUCUAAUUUUGAUAAGCGUUCUGAUCUGAUAUUCAAUCGCACUGUUGCCGCAAAUAUACACACAGGUGGAAAGUGAACACUCACUGACCAGGGAGGUCAAAGGCAAACUGGAAGGGUAUUUGGUGGUCUUGGUGGGUAAUGACCUCUUUCAAAGUGAAGACAAGGUUUUCAAGAUGUCUUUUGUGCCUUCAGUUGAGGUAAUCCAAGAUCAUGACAAUUCAGACAGAUCCGGAUCACAACACAAUAAAGACUAUUAGACAGACUGUAUAUACUGUACACGCCCCUCUAAAUUGCUUUAAAUUCCUUCGGUUCGACAUCCAAAGAUGAGACGAGAUAAACAUUUUAUCAUUGAUUUCCAGGUAUUUACAUCUGGAUCAAAUGCCUAUUUUAGAAGAUAGUAACUUUUGUCUGAAUUUACUCGUUUUUUCAUGAGAGAAAUGUAUUGGACUGACAGGAGCGUUUUGUUGCCGUGAUUAUUCGAACAA